GACUUCUCGCAGCAAGCCUACCAGUCGGCAAGCAGCGCCUGCGAGCAGGCGCCCUCCACAGAGGAGGUGCAGGCUGGCGUCGAGGACAUGAUCGACCGAGCUCAGCAGCAAUUGACCGGCGUCCAGGAGGGGGCCGCAGCGGCUGCUCAAGCAGUGCAUGUUGCUCAGCCGUUGGCGCAGGCGCAGCCAGCGGUCAAUCUUGGUGACGCGGCUCGUGCUUCUCGGAGAAGGGUCUCCAGUACGGCAGCACCAAUGCUGUCGUGCGACCACCUCUCAGAUGAGAUGAGACAGGUGGUGUCCGCCAUGCCCCUGAGGCUCCAAACUAUCAUUCUCCAAGAGGUGGCCGCGCGGGGCCGUUUGUCCGACGAUCAGGUGGUCAACAUCAUACAAUCUGUCAUCUACCGCGAGCUCGACGAGGCAUGA